CGAUGGCUGAAGCCGACGUAACGUACGCUGAUGUGAAGUUCACCAGACAGAGAACCAAAGUUGAGGAUCCAGCAGCUGAUGUUGUUUAUUCUGACAUCAUGAUGAAAAGAACAAAACAUCCAGUCUGUCCAAAGUGUGCCAUAGAUGCUCAACAGGCUGGACAGGGCAUAAGGUCAAAGGUCACCACAGAGCGAAUGGUCCUGCUGGUUCUCAUUAGCAUCUUGGUAGUUACCAUCAUCGCCCUGGCAGUCAAAAUAAAUUCCAGACCAAAAAUGAACACUGCAAGUUCUACACCAACAUGUCCUCCACCUCCAACAUGGGAAACAUUUCUGAAGUGUAAAGAAGAAUGGGAGAAACAUGGAGGAAACUGUUAUUAUUUUAACAACAGGAACUCCACCUGGAAUGAGAGCCAACAUUCCUGCGCUGAUCUGGGAUCAGACCUGGUGAAGAUCGACAGCAGAGAGGAGCAGGUGUUUCUGGAGGAGAGAGUGAGAAACUUGAUGAACGAUAAUCAGGACAGGUUCUGGAUCGGACUGACGGACUCGGUGGAAGAAGGAAAAUGGUUCUGGGUGGACGGAUCUCCUCUGAAUGAAAGUUUGAGUUUCUGGAAUCAAUCCCAACCUGACAACAGGAGUCCUGGUCGUUCAGCUGAAGCUAAAGCUGAAGAUAAAGUUAAAGUUGAAGCUAAAGCUGGAGCUGACUGUGUGAGGAUGGGAAAGAAAGGAAAACAUGAUGAUCUGAAGUCCUGGUUUGAUACAUCCUGUAAUUAUCCUCAGAAAAGUAUCUGUGAGAAAACAGCUGAACAGAGUUCAUGUGUGUCUGAAGUUUAAGAUCAAGAAGCUGCAGAGAUGAAGGUUUUAUAAAGAUAUUGUCACAUUUAAAAUUUAUUCUUUAAAAUUUUAACGUAAUCUUUAAUUUUCCAUCAAAAUUAUUUUUGCUUGAUUUGAUAUUAUGGGCUGUAUAAACUGUUGGCUCGACUGGCCAACAGGAAACAGGAAGUUUGUUUCCAGGUUGUGCAUCAGAUAAAUUUGCUCCCUCCUCCACUUCCUGUUUUCAAGUUAAGACUUUAAAAGCUAACAUGUCUGUUUCCUUCUUAAAACAGCUUUAAGGUUGAAAACUAUGUGUUGCUAUAGCGAUGUCAUCUUCCUGUUCUGUGUUUCACUCUGUUAAAUGAUCUAUAGUUACAGGCUGAGGUCAUUUUUAAAACACCAGUUUGUGUCUGAAAUGAUGUUUCUGUUUCUAAAUGGUUUAUGGACGUUUAGGAUGAAUUUGGAAGAUAUCUGGUUCAUUAAUUUGUCUUUUUGAUCUCUGGAAAUAGUUUUAGAUGUUUAUUAGAUCUAAAUGUAGAAAUGUUGAAUCUAAGAAGAAAUAGCCUGCAAAUAAAAAUGAAUGACAUCGA